AUGCUUAGGACUAUGGCUUUACAAUUUUUAGCUAAACGUUUAGUAUUACGUCCCAAUUACUUAUCGCGUUUAUGUCGUAAUUAUUCAGCGCUCACCUUUGAUUAUCCACAGCAUCAGUUUUGCAAGUCUUGUUUGUCCCACCAUGCUUAUCAACAACAAAUACUUUUAUCAAAGAAAUCACCGUUUGAUUUAAAAAGAUCUCUGUCAAUCUACGCUUCAUCAGCUCCACCAGAAAAUACAUCAAAUGAAGGCGGAGGUCCAUCUCCUUUAUCUUCGAGAGAUGAUGGUGGAGGUGGAGGUGGAGGUGGAACAGCGGAUGGCAGAGGUUCUGGUUCGAAUGAUAACCAUAAUGAUGAUAGUGGAUCUAGCAAUAGUGGACAAGUUGUACCUGUCGUUCUUCAAAGCGGAAAUCCUUUAAUGCCCAUUGAAAUACCAGAGAAUUAUCCCAUUGUACCAUUGAUACCUGUCACACGACAUCCACUAUUUCCAAAAUUCAUCAAAAUGUUAGAAAUAUCGAAUAAAGAAUUAAUGGAUAUUAUUAGAAGAAAAGUAAAAUUGAAUCAACCAUACGCCGGAUUAUUUCUCAGAAAAGACAGUGCCACAUCAGCCACAACUUCGCCUCCCACUACUCCAAAAUCCCCGUUGACUCCAGAUACAGCAACAACAGGCUCAGCUAAAACAAUGCCAACAGCAACAUCUUCAGAUUCGACAAUUCAUAGUCUGGAUGAAGUGUAUAAUGUUGGUACAUUUGUUCAAAUUCAUGAAGUUCACGAUAUGGGAGAUCGACUAAGAAUGAUUGUUAUGGCACAUAGAAGAAUUAAAAUUAUUGGACUAGCAUCAGAUGAACCCGCUGAAAAUGCUGAACGUAGACGAUUAGGAUCAAAAGUUAAUGGCGCAAGAAGAAGAAAUCGCCGUCAAACAACUAAAGAAGAAUCAUCCGAACAUGUUGAAGAACAACAACACACUGUACAAGAUCAAGUAUCCACUGGAGAUGCCGAUACAGUUGUUGUGAAUAAAAUUACGAUGGUCAAUACAGAAAAUGUUACACAUGAUGAAUAUGAACAAACACCAGAACUGAAAGCAAUAACAUCUGAGCUAGUUAAAACCAUUCGUGAUAUUGUCGCAUUAAACCCAUUUUAUAGGGAGUCCAUCGCAGCACUAAUUCAUAGUGGUCAACGAGCAGAUCAUCCUGUUUAUCUAAGUGAUCUUGGUGCUGCAUUAACAAGUGCCGAGGGUGCUGAACAACAAGCUGUAUUAGAGGAAACAAAUAUUCCAAAUCGUCUGAUGUUAGCAUUGAAUUUAUUAAAAAAAGAAUUGGAAAUGAGUCGAUUACAACAAAAAAUUGGCAAGGAGGUUGAAGAAAAAGUGAAUAAACAACAUCGAAAAUAUAUGUUACUUGAACAAAUGAAAGCAAUUAAAAAAGAACUAGGUUUGGAAAAAGAUGAUAAAGAAGCAAUGACAGAAAAAUUUAAAACAAGACUAAAGGAAUUGACAGUGCCACCAGCAAUACAAACCGUUCUUGACGAAGAAUUCGAUCGUCUCGGAGUUUUGGAAAAGCAUUCAGCAGAAUUCAAUAUUUGUACAAAUUAUCUUGAUUGGUUAACCAAUUUACCUUGGGGUAAAUUAAGUGAGGAAAAAUUAGAUUUAGAACAUGCACAAAAAGUAUUAGACGAAGAUCAUCAUGGAAUGGAAGAUAUUAAAAAAAGAAUACUGGAAUUUAUUGCUGUUAGUCAUUUGAAAAAGUCAACACAUGGGAAAAUACUUUGUUUUCAUGGACCACCUGGUGUUGGAAAAUAUUUUCGAUUUAGCGUUGGGGGUAUGCAUGAUACAGCUGAAAUAAAAGGCCAUCGUCGUACAUAUGUUGGCGCUAUGCCAGGAAAAAUGAUUCAAUGUUUGAAAAAAACCAAAGUUGAAAAUCCAUUGGUAUUGAUUGAUGAAAUUGAUAAAAUUGGACGUGGUGGAUUUCAUGGUGAUCCAAGUGCAGCACUGUUAGAAAUGCUCGAUCCAGAACAAAAUUCAAAUUUUCUUGAUCAUUACCUUGAUGUUCCUAUUGAUCUAUCAAAAGUUUUGUUUAUUUGUACAGCAAAUGUACUCGAUACAAUUCCCGAUCCGUUAAGAGAUCGUAUGGAAAUCAUUGAAGUAUCAGGUUAUGUUGCCGAAGAAAAAUUAGCUAUAGCUAAAAAUUAUUUAAUACCACAAGUAACAACUCAGACUGGUGUCACUAAAGAUAAAAUAGAGAUUUCAGAUGGCGCUUUAAUUCGUCUAAUUAAAGCUUAUUGCCGUGAAAGUGGUGUAAGAAAUCUUCAAAAGCAUAUUGAAAAAAUCUUUCGUAAAGUAGCCUUUAAAAUUGUGAAAGAAUCACAAACAACUUUAACCGUAGACGAAGGAAAUCUUCAAGACUAUGUAGGAAAACCAAUGUAUACCAGUGAUCGCAUGUAUGAAUUAACACCGCCCGGAGUAUCGAUGGGUCUAGCAUGGACAGCACACGGUAAACGUGGAUCGGUGUUAUUUAUUGAAUCGAGACUCAUUAAUUCAGUUGAUGCAUUUGAUACAUCAUCGUCGGCGCCCCCUAAAGAUGAUAAAGGUGGAAUAGGUGGUAGUUUAACAUUAACAGGUCAUUUAGGUGAUGUGAUGAAAGAAAGUUGUAGAAUAGCGUUGACAUAUGCCAAAUCAUUUAUGCAAGAAAUUGAUCCACAGAAUAAAGCAUUAAGAAUUGGACACAUACAUAUCCAUGUCCCAGAAGGUGCUACACCAAAAGAUGGACCUUCAGCUGGUUGUACUAUCGUUACGGCACUCAUGUCGUUAGGUUUGAAUAAACCAAUGAAACAAAAUGUGGCUAUGACCGGAGAGGUGUCAUUAACUGGAAGAAUACUGCCCGUCGGCGGCAUCAAAGAAAAAGUGAUAGCAGCCAAACGUGCCAAUGUUAUGACUGUUAUAUUACCAUUUGAGAAUCAAAAAGAUUGGAAUGAUUUACAAGAUUUUAUAAAAGAUGGUCUUACUGUAUAUUUUGCUAAAACAUACGAUGAUGUUUAUAAAAUUGUUUUUGAGCAGUAA